UUGAUAUAGAAGACGAAGGGCGUGUUGAUAAGGUUUUGCGCAGAAUGUGGCGUUACUGUCACGCGUAUACCAUUGCAAGUAAUGGACUAUCGGAUGAAGAACGACAACCUAUUUGGUAUGUUAUGGAUGAGGUCGGUUCGGCUGUAAAUCAUUCUGAUGACCCCAAUUUCCGUUUGGUUCCCUUCCUGUACCUCAAUAACCAAACAACAUUCAGUCUGUUGUUUCCCAUACGUGAUUGUGCUUUUGAGGAACAUGUGACACGCGAUCUUGUAGAGUACGUAAAACAAGACACAACAGAACGUGAUGCUUUACUUUUACCAUGGCGUGCUACAGACUUACGUGAGCACAGUUUCGUACAGGUUGAACCAUCUCCAGAGUACUUCUCAAGUGGCCAUAUACCAGAGUCUUUUCCGGAAGGAGAAUUUGCCUUAUUAAAACCUCAAAUGAAUCGCAAUCAGCCCUUAAAAGUUUAUAGUGAAUACGAUGUGUUAAGUACACAUCUCACAGACCCUAGUUUUCAAUUGGUAGCCAAUCAAUCGGAGGCUGAUGUGCUUUGGUUAACGCAUCAUUACAAAAAUUUCGCGGAGCUAGCCCGUGAUACACCCAAUAAGUUUGUAAACCAAUUUCCGUAUGAAUAUGUUUUGACUAUUAAAGAUUUGCUAGGAAUUACGGGAAGACGUGCAGCUAAAGAACACCACAACUCUCAAACUUUGGAAACCUAUCCAAGCUGGCUGCCUACAACCUUUAAUUUAAAGACAGAGUUGCUGGAGUUCGCGUCAUAUUAUCAACAUCGUGCCGCCAAAGGUCUUGAUAAUCACUGGAUAGUGAAGCCAUGGAAUUUAGCGCGAGGCAUGGACACGCACAUAACGGACAAUAUUGUACAGAUCGUGCGUUUGCCAAUCACCGGGCCAAAAAUAGCUCAAAAGUAUAUUGAACGUCCUGUCUUAUUUAAGCGUGCCGAGUUGGACGCAAAGGUCAAAUUCGACAUACGUUAUGUGAUAUUGAUAAAGAGCUUUCAACCGCUCGAAGCUUACGUGCAUCGAGAAUUCUUUCUACGAUUUGCAAACAAAUCCUUUAGUCUUGAUCAUUUCGAUGAUUAUGAACAACACUUCACUGUAAUGAACUAUCGCGAAGAGGCGGCUUUGCGACAUAUCAAAUGUGAAGAUUUUUUACCUCUUUGGAAGAAGCAAUAUCCAAAAUAUGAAUGGUCAAUUAUUGAAAAGGACAUUUUCUCGAUGUUACACGAGUUGCUAACUUGCGCAACAAAAUUGCCACCGCCCUGUGGCAUACCACCUUGCCAGCAAUCGCGUGCAUUGUAUGCUGCGGAUAUUAUGCUAGCUUGGGAGGGUCCGAAAGAAGGGACCUCUUCGUCACAUAUGCAUCCGAAAUUGCUAGAGAUUAAUUGGACGCCUGAUUGUCAGCGAGCAUGCGAUUAUUAUCCAGAUUUCUUUAAUGAUAUUUUCAAACUGCUUUUCCUUGAUGAAGAUAACAAUGAAAGAUUUGUGCGUUUGGGUGCAAUCGUUUAGAGAAUAUCAAUAGGAUGCAUAUGCUUUUACAAUAGAGCAUACAUUUUUUUUUAUAAUUUUAUUUUUAUAUUAAACAAAAACUUAAGUAAUUUAAAAAUGUUUGAUUUAACAUGUAUAAAUUAUGAAUUUAAUCAAUUUCGAGUAAGUUAGCGUCCUUAAAUUUCGAAAUACCGUUAUAUGAAAAGUGGGCGUAAUUUUAGUCCGAUUU